UGAUUGGGCGUGCGCAAGAGCAACGGAUAAUGGCCUCCUAAGCAAGUAUCAUUUUGUUUAUGAUGUCCUCCCAACUGCUGCGAUAAAGCAUCGAUUUAGUCAAUUAGACUUUUUUGACCAUCUAUUACAGUUUGCGUUGUGAGACUUUGUCCUGGCCCUUUAUUACAAGAAACGCUUUGGUGGUGGGCAUGAGCUGUUUUAUUGAAUGAAGCAAACGCACCUACUACCGAUAGGAGGAUGAGCUCCAUCGCCGGUCGGGAUCUUGCUGUCUCCGCCGCUUCUGUCAGUAACCCGGGAGCUUCAUCUUCUCGUGCGUUGCACGUAGAGCUCACAUCCCAGCAGAGGCGUCUGCGCCACCUGCGCAGUAUUGCGGCCCGUAACAUCGUCAACAGGAAUGGCUCCCCGCUGCUGGACACUUGCUUCACUCUGCACCUCUGCUCGGAGGACCGCAUCUCCAAAGACUUUUACAAAAGUGAAAUCAUCAGAGACUCUUUGAACCCCACAUGGCGGAGCCUGGACUUUGGCAUGCUGCCCGACCUGCUGGACACGUCGGUGUCCUGCUUUGUGGUGCGGAUCUGGGGCGGCCGAGGGGAGCAUUUCCAGCUUCUCAUCGAGUGGAAGGUCAACCUGGAUGGACUCAGAUACACUGGGCAGCAGAUUCGCUCCAGGAAUCCAAAUGAGAUCAUAUUUGGAUUAAAUGAUGGCUACUAUGCAGCUGACUUUGAUCAAAAGGAUCACUCGGAGAGGAAGAAGAACAGCUUGCUUCAGGUGGACCAGAGCUCUGUGCGAAACUCCUACAGCGUCUUCUCACUUCUGAGGCUCCACACUGCCCAGAGGGCCAUUAAGCAGACCCAGGUGACCGUGCAGAAGAUCGGGAAGGAGAUUGAGGAGAAGCUGAGGACGACGGCGGCCUGCACAGAGAGGCAGAAGAAAGAGCGCGAGUGCAGGCACCUGCGCAUCAGCGUCCUGCGGAGUGAGCUGGAGAGGCAGAGGAAGGAGCUGGCCAAAGAGAUGGACACGCAGCACAAGGAGAAGAUGCAGCUACAGAAGAAGGAGGAAGCGUUUUCCAUGAAGCACCAGACUCUGGAGAAGGAGAGGGAGUUUUUAAGCGAACAGCAGAAAGAAUGCACAGCCAAGAGAGAAUUGUUCCUGAAGUCCAAUGCACAGCUGACCUUCCGAUGUCGGCAACUCCUGUCUGAGCUCUCCUACAUUUACCCCAUCGAAGUGAACAAUCAGUCGGACUAUGUCAUAUGUGGGGUCAAGCUGCCGAACUCCGAGGACUUUCAAGCAAAGGAUGAUGGGAGUGUGGCCGUCGCCCUGGGUUACACGGCGCACCUGGUGCUCAUGGUGUCCUGCUUCCUCCAGAUCCCCCUCAGGUACCCGCUGAUCCACAAGGGCUCGCGCUCGUCCAUCCGCGACACCAUCACCGACAAGCUGACCGAGAAGGAGCGAGAGUUCCCACUGUACCCCAGAGGAGAACGCUUUCAGUUUGAAUAUGGUGUCUACCUUCUCAACAAAAACAUUGCCCAGUUGAGGUAUCAACACGGUCUCUCCACUCCAGACCUUAGACAAACGCUACCCAACUUGAAAAACUUUCUGGAACAUGGGCUGCUGGUUCGUUGUGACCGGUACCAGGUGUCCUCGUCCAUCCCUGUGCCCAUCAAGUCCCAGCUGAGUGUGUCCAUGGCCUCUGACAUGCCCUCGCCGCCUGACUUGGAUGGCUCCCCCGACCGGGCACUCCGCAAGCGGGCCGGCUCCGAGGCCGACAAGCCCAAGUACCAGAGCCCGCCGUCCAGCUACGACACCACCAUGGCCCAGCCCACCACCGCCACCAUCCCCAACCCACUGGCAGCCGCCUCUGACGACCCUGACCAGGAAUUGUCCCCCUCCUUAGAGCCGGCCAUCGAUCUGGCCGAAACGUUGGAGGCCCAGCCCGUGGCGGCCGAGCCGGACGCCCAGGAGGCAGCAGGGGCGGAGGCCGAUCUGGAGAAGUCUCGUUCCCAGUCAGAGUCGACCGCCUCCGCCGACGACUCCAUGGCGUCCACCACCCAACAACAUCAGGUUGCCACGGCGACUGAGGAGACGGUCACCCAGCAGCAGCAGCAGCAGCAGCACCCAGGCACCAUGAACGGUUCGGCGCUGCUCGGGGAUGGCCUGGCGGCGGCACCUGCCCCGGCAGCAGAGAUGUGCUGCCCGGUGGAGCGGGCGGAGGAGAUCAUGGGCACGGAGGCCCUGGGGCUGGGCAUGGGCCUGGGCAUGGGGCUCGGCCUGAGCCUGGGCGCGGGCGGCCGGCUGGAGGACUUCCCCGGGGGUAACAUCCCCGUGGAACACGCGGUAGCCGUGGAGUGCGAUGACCAGGUGCUGGGAGAGCUGGACACGGCCGGCCUGGAGGAGUUCUCCCGCCGCAUCUAUGCGCUCAACGAGAACAUGCCCAGCUUCCGACGGCCGCGCAAGAACUCGGACAAGUGACCGGCCCAGAGCCUAAGCAGCUGUAGAGGUCAUGUCCUGGGGGAACCCGCAGAAAGACUGACACCAUACCACAUGAUCAUAUAUAUGUACAGUAUAUAUAUAUAUGACGCUACUAAGACAUAUCUGACCAAUUUGCACUUCUUUAAGCAUUUCUAUAAUCAUUGAAAUUAUAUUAAAAGUAAUGAUGCUGAAA